AACCACUUGAUAUCAAAGCCAUUAUGUGCUUUUGUUUUGUCACUAGAUGGCAUUCUUUACCACAGUAAAUUGGAUUAAAGAGAAACAGUAAAAUAUUAAUGAUGCAACUGUUUUCUCGCUGUCUAAGAACUGAACGGCCGGCGCUAAAGUAGGAGCCCGUUGUCCACGGUUAAAUACUUUUCUUAUUAGGCCUCAUCUACCUGCCUGAGGCACCAGGAGGGAAGAGAGGUUGAGGUGCUGCACACAUCCUAACCCUGUUUUUCUAGGAUCAGGAUGCGGACAUCCUGUAUCAAGUACAAAAAAACACACCUACGUUUAUUUAUUUAUUUAUUUCUAGAUGAAAGUAUCUUCAUGUUAGUGGAUCGCUGGCAAAUGUAAUUUCUUCCUAAGGUUUCGUCUGCUCCUACACGUUAAAAACAUUGACGUUGUUACACAGACUACAUCACUCCAAAAAAAAUAUGUGAUUACACCUGGUUCCAUUAAACUCUAUACACUGAUCAGCCACAACAUUAUGACCACUGACACUAGAGGUAAAUACCUUUAGCCAUCCUGUAUCAAGUGUGACAAUUCAAUUCGUGUGGAUGUUACUUAGACGUGUAAAAACACCUAAACCAGGCUGGGCAUCCCCACCACAUAGCAAUGACAACCCCAAGUAGGAUGCAGCCUGAUACAGACACACAAAAACACUUCAGGAACAACUCAAAAAAUCAUGAAGAACAGCACAAGAUGUUGACCUGCUGUCUGAAUUCACUACAUCCCAAACUGAUCAUGUAUCUGUGAGAUGAUCCGCAGAAGAACCAAAGACCCCACAUUAACAAAAAUCCUGGUGCCAGACACCACAGGACCCCCCAGACGUCCGUUCUCUGAUGAGCCACAACUCGAAGCCUGACCAACAUUAGGAGGGUGGUCAUAAUGUUACGCCUGAUCGGUGUAAGUUUUGUACAUUUGUUCAGCGUCGUUUAAAAUCCAGGCGACAGAGGAAGGAACGGGCUGGAACAAUCCUCUGGUGUUUGCCAGCGGUUCACUUUAAUGAAAAUGUUUUUUAGCCAAAAAGAAUCUAAGAAGAAACUUUGUUUUUUGUACUUAAUACAGGAUGUUCACAUCCUGCAAAAACAGGGCUAGGAUGUGAGCAGCGCCCGUGUCUCUUCCCUCCUGGUGCCUCAGGUAGAUGAGGUCAAAAGCACUUCAUUGUGCUGCUCACUGUUUUAAUAUUUUUGGAUGUUAUGCAGAAGAGUCGAGUACAUUCACACUCCAGUCAUCCUUGUGAAAUCAAACGGUGUGUAAUUUUACUCCGCGCCGAUCUGCAUUCGCAGAACCAUCACUGGUGUGUGUCACCUUCCUGCGCUUCCCCCUUUUUUUUGUGUAUCAUCGCCUCUCCUCUCCCGUUUCCUGUGUCCCCGGCCGGUCGCCAUGGCCACCGUUGCCGAGGAGAGCGGAGGCUACAGAAGAAAGGAAACCUGAGCCGCGGAUCUUGAUGCCGUGAUAUUUAAUUCAUCGGCGCAGUGGCACACUAAGGUUGCCCCGGCGCGGACGGCGUCUCCUCUGGUGGGAGAGGAAAUGUGUGAAUGUGGAGACAAAGGGCUGCUGUCAGGUCCUCCUGUCACACUCCGGGUCUAGUUUAUCCUCCUCUAGAUGUGUAUUUAACACAUGUAUAAUAAAUAACCUCAUAUAGACCAGACAUUUAGUCUGUCAGCUAUCAGCCAUGGAAAUAACUGGAGUAAAAUGUAGAAAAGAUGCUCCAAAUAUGGAUUUUUACAAAGAGAAGUGCUCUUUUUUUGUACACAUGUGACCCGUUUAUUUUCCCUGCGGCUUUUCAGCAUUUUAGCUUUAGUCAUUGUUAAAGCAAAGACAACUAUGAGCCCCCCCGUCUUUGUGAACCCGCUUCCCCCUUUCACUGCCGUGAAAAGGGCAAGUGAAAGCUAAUUUUUGUUGAAAGCUCCUUUAAAAUGCAAGUUUGUUCAGCACGGAGCAAUGCAGAGCGUGUAAUCCCCAUUGUAGAGGCCCCCCCCUGCCUCGUUGUCUUUGUGUCAACUGAUCCACCUCCACGCACCGCUCCGUCCUCCAUCAGUCCAUCCAUCCCUCCUUCCUUCCCUCCCUCCUUUUGUUGCCUCACCCUCUUCUGCCCUCUCCCUCCUGCCCCCGGGGUUCAGUGUUGCUUUCCGCAGGUUUGCGAGCGGCCGUGCCGGAGAUGGGAGGGAGCGAGCCGAUGCCCUACUUCCACGGUCGCCUGACUGUGCGGCUCUGAUUUGUUAUUUAUGCACCUGUUGGAAACCGAACUGACCCUUUUAGGAUCUUUUUUCUGGCAAAGGGAGCCGCCGCCGCGGGGGUGGGGGUUGGGGGGGUGGGGUCGAGGUCUGAAGUGGCCUCGUCAAGGCUUGGACCUCAGCGCCAUUUAUUGUCAACAACACUUCAGCCGGCGGCAGCAGCAACAGCAGCAGCAGUGUCUGAUGAUGAGUUCUUCUGGCUGUUUUUCUUCAGCGGGGAUUUAAAAAAAAAAAAACCUGUCGCUUGUAAAGCCUGAUGUGGAUUCUUUGAAGAAACAAGUGACCGGAAUAACCUCCUCCCUCAGGUCGUGGUUUUUAGUCCCGUAUCUGGACUUUACUCUGGGUUGAACAGCUUUUUUUUUUUUUUUUUUUGCUGUUGUUGUGUAAUCGAGCAUCACUAUUUUCAACCUCGCUGUGACAGGAUACACUCGCAGCAGCAUCAGUGGCCCGACUCCGGGUAUCAGGUUCUGUCAGUCUGAUCCAUCCACGUAAGGCUACACCGAACACGGAGAGAGAUACUGAAAUAAACAGCAGCUCGACCGUCGGCCCAGGGAACCAGAGUUAGGGGGAAAAAUAACUUUUUACGCAAAGAAAAACUGAAAAGAACUGGCAGCGAGUCAUCUCUUGUGCGGGUUGUGGACCGCGGAGGCCGAUCGAUCCGGAUUCUGCGGAGCGGCCACAGGUGACUGCACAGCUAUUGAGCUGCUCAAUAAUGCAUUGACUCGAACUCGGGAAUGAAAAGGAGGAGAAAGUGUGUGAUCCCCUGAAAAGCCGAACGUCCGCCGAGAGAAAGCGGGCGAUUGCCUCCCGGAUAACCCGAGGAACGCGAGGAACGCGAGGAAGCUAAAAAAACUGCGAGCAGAUGUUGAGGAGGAAAAGAAAAAGAACGGAGCAUGGCUUCUGACAAAGCGACGUUAGGCCGAAGACCUUAGGAAGCCAAGAGCGAGAGGAGAGAGACGUAGACGACAGACUUUGAAAGAGAUAAGAAAAGCAAGAAGACAGAGGAGCCGGCGAGAAGGAAUCCGAGGCGGCGGCGUCGUCAUCAUGGUGAACACCGGCAUGCAGCUGAUCAGCUUCACCUGCGCGGUGACCGGCUGGAUCAUGGCGAUCGCCGUCACGGCCCUGCCCCAGUGGAAGGUGUCGGCCUUCAUCGGCAGCAACAUCCUGACCUCGGAGAUCAAGUGGGAAGGCAUCUGGAUGAACUGCAUCUACCAGACCACGGGCCACAUGCAGUGCAAGACGUACGACUCCAUGCUGGCCCUGCCCCCGGACAUCCAGGCGGCCCGCGCCCUCAUGUGCCUGGCCAUCUUCAUGGGCUGGCUCUCCUGCACCGUGUCCUGCUGCGGCAUGAAGUGCACCACCUGCGCCGGCGACGACCGGCGGGCCAAGGCCGGCAUCGCGCUCUCCGGCGGCGUGCUCUUCAUCCUCACGGGCCUGUGCGUGCUGAUCCCCGUCUCCUGGACGGCCAACACGGUCAUCCAGGACUUCUACAACCCCAACGUGCCUGUGAUGCACAAAAGGGAGCUGGGCCAGGCCAUUUAUCUGGGCUGGGCCUCCGCGGUCAUCCUCAUGAUCAGCGGGGCCGUGCUGAGCAGCACCUGCCCCCUCAUGGAGAGGGGAGGCAGGUACCGGAGGGGCUACAUCGGCCGCAGCUUUGCUAAUUCGCCCGCGACCGCGCCAGACCCCCCGAAACCCAUCACCUCCAACAAUCUGCCCCUGAAGGAGUACGUGUAGGGGCAAACACCAGCUGGUGGAAGGAGGGGAAAGUUUCAGCAAAGUGACUUCCCUGACUUUACACUCACUGUGAAUUGAAAUCUAUAUAUUUAUCAAUCCAACGUAUAUUUUGUAUAUCAGUGUGUGAUGUUUGUGUUGAGUUUGUGUUCGUUUGAAGUUUGACUUUGCACUGAGACGUACAGUAGUGCCUGAAGAAAGCCUCCCCUGCCUUUACUGUCAAAUCGACGCGUGACUUGCGUUAAGGCGGCUUUUAUGAUGGCCCGUG